CGGAGUUGAUCAGCUCAGACUGAAAGACUUUGAGCCACUGUAAUCAGCCUGCAUAUGUUGACCCACUGUGCAGCUAUGUAACCUCAUCCUCUUACAUAAGCCAAGAUAAAUAACUGUAUCCCCAAUAUACCUGAUAACAGCCAUAGGACACUUUCACUGCAUACCCCAAAAUGAGACAGAAUACAAAACAAAAUGUCAAUUCAAGGUGAAGAAAGCAUUGUUAUUUUACUUUUUACAUAGCAACACGUACUCCCUGUUAGCUUGCUCAUGAAUAUACUAUAUCACUUAUACUUAAUUUGUAGUGAUCAAGGUAUUGCAUUAUGGGACAUAUGCUGUUUCACUGUGUGUUGUAUCUUUAACACGCUUUGCUGCAUCACGCCUCGGCCACUUGUCCAUGACUGUUCAUUUCUGCCUGUUACGUAACUCUUAACCUCUGUCCAAUUUCCUUACUCAUAUCAGUGUUGCCUGUGUGUGUGUGUGUGUACACGUUCCUUAAGUUGAACUUGGUUAGCUCUAUUCAGCUCUUAUUUACACAUAGAGGGACAACAGCAACAGCAGCGGCAACAUCUGAAAAAAGAGCACGAUGGCCCUCCUCCUUUGCCUUGGCCUGUCGCUGCUGGCCUUCGUCCAUUCCAGCAACGUCAAGAACUGCCACCAUGGCUGCCACUGUGAGGUGGAAAGCUUCGGCUUGUUCGACAGCUUCAGCCUGACCCGGGUGGACUGUCGAGGGCUGGGACCCGGCACCACCAUGCCAAUCCCCAUCCCGCUGGACACGUCCCACCUGGACCUGUCCUCCAACGCCAUGGGCCCACUCACUGACACCAUGCUGUCCGGUCCAGGCUACACCACCCUCGUGAGCUUGGAUCUCAGCAGCAACCUUAUAACAACGAUAACAGCCAAUGUUUUGUCCAAGCUGCGUUACCUGGAGACUCUGGACCUGAGCCACAACAACCUGCAGAGCCUCUCUCUCGGCUGCUUUGCCAGCCUCCCUCUGGCUGAAGUUGACCUCAGCCACAACAGCUUCCAAGACUUUGACAUGGACGUGUUCGCCACCAAAGUAAAUGGUGAACCUGUCAGCGUAGAUCUGUCUCACAACAAGCUUGUGUCGGUUUCCACGACUUUGCGUGGGAGAGAGCUGCACAUUCAAACCUUGAAUCUGUCGGCAAACCGGCUGCUGAGCGUACCGACGCUGGCAGGACUUCCGCUGAGGUACCUCAAUCUGGAUGGUAACCCCAUUACACAGAUCAAAGAGGGAGCUUUUGCUCAGCUGAAAGAUCUGGUUUAUUUAUCCAUCAGUGGCCUGCAAGAGCUUCAAGAGAUCAUGCCAAACAGCUUCAACGGCCUCCAGAGCCUGCAAGUUCUGGAUCUCUCGAACAACCCCAAGCUCAAGACUUUCAGCCCCGCGGUUUUCAGCGGACUGGACUCCCUGCUAGAGCUGAACUUCUCUGGCUCUGGUGUGGCGUCCUUGCCAAAUAACAUGCUGACACACCUGCCCAGUAUUAAGAGUAUCACACUAGGGCGAAGCAUCCAAUGCUGGAGGACCCAGAAACAGGGACAGUUCCACCGGCAGCUGGGCCAGGUCCAACACAACGAGGUGCUCAGCUGUAAUGUGGAGGGCGUCGUCUUGUAGGAACAGUGCCUGUGGAAAUGGACCAAUCCCUAAAGGGGCCAGUAUACCCCAUCAGAAGUACUCGGACAUGACGUCGUACCACCACGUUCUGAGAGUGUAACCUAACCAGUACAAUCCUAAAGCUAGAGCCGUGCCUAAUCUGCUCUGAUAUGCAAAACACUUUGUUGUUCCUUUCACUUAAUUUCCUCUGUUCUAAGGUGAGCUUUGGGAAUAUGUCUUAAAGGUUUAAAGUAGCCUACAUGAACUGUUGACAGAAGUAUCAUAAAUGCUUUACUUUUCAGAAACAAUGACUUAAAACACACAAAAUGCAGAUCUGUUUCUUUCAAAUCUUUACAUGUAGCCUAAACUGGUAGAUCACCUUUCAUAAAUCCAACUUUCUGAGUCUUGUUCAUACCGUUUGUUGUGUACUUAAUUUAAAGCGGGACCAUAUUAAGAGCUGUUUGCACUUAAAGCAGUUCUGAUGUUUUCUUAAAAGGCCAUGCAGUGUAAUACAAACCCUUCUGUGCAUCGCUCAUAAUAUCCACACUGAAGAAGAUGUUUCAACUCUUGACCACUACGACCAUUUUAUUUGACUUUGAAUGUGAUGCUUUAUUGAAAUGUUUAAAGGGAUAGUUAGACAUGUUGGGAAAUGUGCUUAUUUGUUUAAUAGCCGAGCGCUAGAUGAGAAGAUUCUGAUAUUACUCGGUCCAAUAUGAAGCAUAACAGCCAACAGCAUACUAGCUUAGCUUAGCACAAAGCCUGGAAACGGAGCCGGUCUCUCUCCAAAGAACUUCUUAAGCUCACUGGAUAACUUCUUGUAGCUUAUUUGUGUAAUCAAUACGGGAAAAAAAACGAAAAGUGAAAACAACGGCUGUGGUUGUACGGGGGUUCUAUUUCUUGGACUUCCUGUAGUCUUAUUGUAUUCCCCAUUAAGCCACAACAUGUUUUCUUUAUGUUUCAGUUGUUGACGGAUCAAACUAAUUUAAUUUCACCUGUUCAUUUAAUAAUUGUUGUUAUUUUUAGACACAACCACUUAAGCUGUUCUCCCCUGUUUCCAGUCUUAAUGCUAAACUAAGCUUCCUGCUGUUGCUUUAUACUUAACAUACAUGAAAUUGUUAUCAAUCUUCUGAUCUAAUCAAGAAAGCUAAUAGGCAUAUUAUAUAUUAUUGUGUUAUAUGUGUCCCAAAAAUGUCGAUCUGUACAAUCCAAGUACCAUGGUUCUUUAUUUAGCUCGGACUGGGUGGAAAACUUACAGUAUCUCCUGUCAGUGAUGAGGGCAAAGAUCUUUUCUUGCUACGACCACAAAAAAACGACUUGAGUCUGACAUCCUGUCCUUUAUGUUUGGACAACUUAACCUUAACCAUAAGGACUCUUUAAGUUUGGUGGCCUUUAGAUAUUAGGCCCGUGCAGCCUUUGACAUGGUGCUCGCUGUUCUGUUGGUCUUACACAACGGCAACAAACAGGCCAUGACCACGUUGACCGGGAGUUUAUUUGGACCUGCUGGCAAAUCAUUCUCCAGAGGAACGAGACGCUGGUUUGCAAACUCAUUUGACCAAUGAAGUAAGAAAACAUUCUCUUAAUAUGUAAUGAUAAAACACCAAGCUGCACUUUGCUGUUACGUGUAACUUCACCUUAGCAUUCCUGUGGUAUUUCUGUGGACACAAGAGGACGAACAGCCUCAAGACUGCAUGUUUGGGUUUUCAAACGUCAGCAAUCUGUGAAAAGCAUGGGGCUUUAGUGUUUUGGUUUUAAAGGAAAUCCACCUUUUCAGUUGGUUUAAUCAAAGUCAGGAGACCCCAGUCUUGGUGUAGAAGUUUAUAUUUAUAUGUAUGUAACUAUAUUGUAUAUAACUUUAUAUAUAAAUGAAUCUUAUGUGUAAUAAAUUGACUCUUCUCACACUUUAAA